AAUAAUGAUCAUUUCCCGCUCAUGGCUUGUUUUCUCGAGAUAAGACAGGGACAGGGACAGGGAGUGUUUCCUAUAGCUGCCUGCAUACAGUAAAGACAACAGGUUUGGAGAGAAACGUGCAUACUGCUUUAGAUUAUUACAAUGAAGCACAGGAAAACUGUUCUCAGUUCUCAGUGUGUGUUCCUGCACAAAGUCUUUCUUGUCUCACUGUUGUCUUCAGCAGCAAUUACACAUGCAGUGUCAGUGAGGUCCAUUAGGUCUGUGUCUGAACCUGUGCACUGCCAGUGGGGACCCUGGUCCCCUGACAGCUGGUCCGCCUGUGAUGGAUGCUCCAAAACACAGACUCAGAGCCGCUCCAUUGCAGUCUACCCUCAGUUUGGUGGUCAGCCUUGCACUGGGAGCUCAACCCGCACUCAGUCAUGUAUACCGGCUCAGGUCUGUCCUCUAGAGGAGGGUUGUGGAGAACGUUUUCACUGCCAGUCCGGGAAAUGUAUCAGCCAGUCUCUGGUAUGCAAUGGAGAUCAUGACUGUGAAGAUGGCUCAGAUGAGUGGAGAUGUGACAGUAAAGAGCUCUGUGACCUGCAAAAACCUCCACCGAAUGUAGAGCUCACUGGUCAAGGGUUUGAUGCAGUGAGGGGAGAGGCAAGAGGAACAGUUAUCAACACCAAAAGCUUUGGAGGUCUGUGUAAAAAGACCUUCAGUGGAGACCACAAGGACCUAUAUAGACUUCCCCAAAGUGUCCUCCGAUACACUUUCCAGGUCACAGCAAAAAAUGAUUUCACAGAUGAAUCCUAUGACAGCACUUGGCACUACCUUAAUCACAUUGAGUAUCAUUCAAGAACGACAGGCACAACUUAUGGGCAUGAAGAUUAUGUCUUCCAUGAUGAGCUGUUACAGUCACAGUCCAAAAAUCUGCUGAUCAUGAAGAGUGAUAUGGACGUGGCCCAGUUCCAAAACCAGGCCCCAGAAUAUCUGCCACUUUCAGAAGAGUUCUGGAAAGCACUGCGGUCCUUGCCUGUUACAUAUGAUUAUGCUGCCUAUCGCAAUGUGCUGGAGAGAUUUGGGACACACUAUAUUUCAGAGGGCACUCUUGGGGGACAGUUUAGAUUAUUUAUGGCGGCCAGCCAAGAUUUUGUUAAAAAAAUGAAAACUGUGCAAAGAGACUAUAAACAUUGUGUCGAAACGUCCCAUUCUGUCCUGUUUAUCAUCAGGUGGACCACAGUAGAUUGUGAUGAACAAACGUUUCGGGAAGCUCAAUCCUUUUAUAAAAGCAUAUCAAAAAAUGAUAUGACCACAAAUAUAAUUGGUGGAGCUCCUGGAUAUAUAGCAAAAUUGUCAAUGUUAAACAAAAACACAGCAGAGGAGAAUGGCAGGACUUUCUCGCAGUGGUCAGGUUCAGUGAAGGACUUUCCAAAAGUCAUCAAACCAAAGCUCAGACCUCUCCAUGAGCUGGUGAAAGAGGUCUCAUGUGCGGGAGUGAAAAGGCAUCACUUAAAACGUGCAAUUGAGACUUACCUCAGCGAGAAACACCCAUGUCACUGCAGAGAAUGCCAGAACAACGGGCUGCGUGUGCUGGACAAUGACGUCUGUAAGUGUGUGUGCAAACCAGGCACCAAAGGCCAGGCAUGCGAGCAAGGGACACCACAAGAUGAACAACCAGGAGUGAUCCAUGGAGACUGGGCCUGUUGGUCUUCAUGGAGCUCCUGCAAGGAAGGUCAGAAACGCCGGAGUCGCUCCUGCAGUCGUCCCGCUCCUUCAGGCGGCAGGGACUGCAUUGGGAACACUGUGGAGAUGACAGCCUGUGAUGAUGAAUUAGAUUACCUACGUACAAUGGAGCCUCACUGCUUUGAAAAUUCAUUCACACCCAGGAAAGGUUGUAAAACGCCACCCUUCCUCGCUAACGGGUUUGUUUUGUACCCCAAAGAUGCAUUUCCAGUAGGCAGUAAGAUUGAGUAUGCAUGUAUUGAGGGCUUUCACCUGAUCGGGGAUCCUAUAGCAGAAUGCCAAGAAAAUCUGGACUGGUUGAGAAAUCAAAUAGAGUGCAAGAAAACAUUAUGUGAUCUACCUCAGCUUCCUCCAGAUGUCACUGGAAGCCCGUGGAAGCUUACCUAUAACAUCGGUGAAGCUGUCUCACUUUCCUGCCCUGAAGGUAAAGUCAGAGAAGGUCCGGCUGAGAUUCAGUGCAAUGCUGGUCUUUCCUGGUCACCGCAACCAAAAGAAACCGGGUGUCUCUCAGUUUUUAAGUCAGCCACUGUGCCGGUGCAAUGCCAGCCAUGGGAGAAUCUGGCAAAGGACAAAUGUGUGUGUAAAGUACCCCACGAAUGCAAGUCUUCCUUGGAGAUAUGUGCCACUGAUGAGAAGCGCGGUCGGACACGGACACUGAGUCUGUGUAAAGUACAGGCUAUGCAAUGUCUGGGACAUCAGUACACGCUUGCUGAAGACAGUGCCUGCCAGUGGCCACAUCGCUCAUCCACUGCUUGCCCGCACUGCACACUCUGGGAGACGUGUGAUGAGCAAACAAACAGCUGCCGUUGCAAGACAAGUGAGGAAUGCUCAUCCCUGGACGCUUGGAUCUAUGUGUGCGUGCAGCAGGAAGGAGCGUCUGCACCAGUGACAAUGACAGAAUGCGAGGCGGCUGUGAGGAAAUGCAGAGGAGAAGCUGUCCGCAUUGUCAGCAUUCAACCCUGUCAGUCAUAAUCUCAGGGCUUCACUAACAUAUUAAAUAGUGUAAAUGAAUUUUGUACCCUAAAUUCAAUCAGCAAAAGUACAAAGCUAAAUGUAGGCUAUAAAAAAACUACACCACAGUCACAUGACUUCAGCGUCACUAAGCUUCCAACUCUUUAUUUAAAAAACAUUUUUCAUGAAAGCUUGCGUUAGAACAGUUUGCCGUAGUGUCCACAUAGUAGACAAGUGAGUAGAUACGUUUUCCUGUUAGCUGUGAUGAUAUUUAAUGUCCAAGACAACCUCUGUAGUCCCAUUUAACUUAAUUUCUCAAGACAAGUAAAAGCUUUUAAAAAAUCUUAUUUUAAAAAAUGUUAUGUCAUAGAAUAAAAUGAGAAUCAGUCACAGACAAAAUUCAAGCACAACUAUGUCUGUUUGGUAAGCCUAAUAACCAGCAAAAAAGUAAGAAAGCACAAGUUAAACCAACAUUGCCGUGUAUUCCUGUCAACCUGUUCUGGACUUCCUCUGGGCUCUGGACAGCAUCAUAUUGAGCCAGCUCCAGACGUCCUGCCAAACUCGUGACAACCAGCCCGGAUUCCGCCAACAGCUUGUCCAGCGUCAGCACUGCAGCCAAAUAAUUAACCUGAAAACCAUGUCUGUUCCUGUAAACGCUUUUUUUUUUUUGCACCCUCCAUUACUGCUUCAGCAUUGUUGCGAGAAAGUAAAAGGGUAGGCACUGCUGCCAGGUGCGAAUUUCACAGCUUCCCUAUUAAUGUGCUAACAAAUCCAAUUACCUAUAACUGACUGAGAUCCAAACAUGAUAAAUUUAAUGGGAGACGCUGAAAUUGGAGCCUGUGACCUGUCAGAGGGUUGUUCUGAGAAUCGUGGAUAAUAGGGUGGAUAUCAGAUAUCAGGUUUAUAUUGUUUCUUAGUGAAAAAUCUGAUUAAUCCGAGUUUCUCUGAAAAGAGGGUAAUAUCUAUUGAUACUGACUUUUAUUAUUCCACAGAUUGAUAUCUGUACCUUUUCUUAUGGUAUUUUGUAUGUUAAAUAAAACAAUUUCUAAUACAAGACACAA